GAGUUGAGUCCAAUCCAAUCUGUUUCUGCCUUCUGACACACCACAAAGAUAUUUUUACGAUUUUCGUGGCUGUCAUUCAACCAUUUAAAAGUAGUUUGAAAUUUUGUAAUAUUCUCUUUCUUUCCAUCCACUCAAUUUAGCGGACUUUUUUUGUUAGAUAUUUUCAUUCAUUCAUUCAUUCAACUUACUUACUUAAUAACAUAACACAGACUCCUCAUCAAAGGUAGUAGUAAGUAUAGAAGAAAAUUAAUAUUUUGCUUCUGAGCUCUCUCUCUCCAAAUUACAAAUCUAGGGUUCCUCUGUUUCAUGCGGUUUUUGUUUUCCGUUCAUUACUCUACUUUAUCAUUUGAGAAUGGGUGAAUCAACGAUGCAGAUCAACAAUCAUCAUGACUCCUCAGUCCACAAGUUUCUUCCUCCCACCAUGCUUAGGGUCUUGCUCGUCGAAGCUGAUGAUUCUACCCGCCACAUUAUUUCUGCACUUCUUCGCAAAUGCGGUUAUAAAGUUUCCGCAGUUCGUGAUGGCUUAAAGGCAUGGGAGACAUUGAAGAACAAAUCAUCUGAAAUAGAUCUCGUAUUAACAGAAGUGGAGUUGCCAUCAAUAUCUGGUUUUUCACUACUUACCUCAAUCAUGGAGCUUGACAUUUGCAAAAACAUUCCUGUCAUAAUGAUGUCUUCUAACGAUUCAGUUAGCACGGUGUUCAAAUGCAUGCUAAACGGGGCCGCCGAUUUUCUCAUUAAACCUGUUCGGAGGAACGAGCUUAGCAACUUGUGGCAACAUGUGUGGAGAAAACAUACCAUUAGCAUGCCUCCUCAAAAUAUAACAUUUCCACAGAAUAAACUUGAUGUUGCUGCAGAAAACAAUGCUGCAAGCAAUAAUUCUAGUGGUUCUGUGGCUUCCACACAAAAGAAUGUCGAAUGCAGCGAAAAAACUAGUGAGGCUCAAGAUAUGUCCCAGCUGAAGAGUUCUUCAUGUUUGAGCAAUACCAGCCAGGCAAAACACGAAAAUUCUACCAGAUAUGAAAGGGAGUUUGCUGAGUAUAACGAAGAAACUGGAGAGAAAUCAACUAUAAUAGCAUCUAAAGCUGCUGGGUAUGACAAAAUUUCAACAGGUUUAAGGCUUGGUCAAAGCUAUGAUUGUACAGAAACAGAAAACCAAGAUGAAGUGUUAAAAACAGAGUUUAGCAAAGCCAAUCCUCAUACUAAUACAAAGAUUCAUCAAUGUAAUGAUGGAAUAGAAGAACAUUCUGCUGGAGCUAUUGACUUGAUGGCUACUUUUCAGAAUAUUCCAAAGAGCAGUUAUGCCGAUUGUAGUUUCAAUGCUGGUGGUAACACAGCCAAUUUUGAUACACAAUUGGAACUUUCUAUACAAAGAGAUUUUCCUGGAAGCUCACCUAAACUUACCAAUGAAGAAGGGCAAAUAUUGAAUCAUUCAAAUGCUUCUGCGUUUUCUUUGUAUGGCAGCAGUACAUUGUUGAAGCCUUUCUUUCCAACAAAGAAUUUGCAUGAAUCACACAAAUUAUCGGAAAAUACAAAUAUUGGUCAUCAGUAUGAUGUUAAAAAACUAAAGCAGGAAAAUAUCACCUAUCUGGCAAUUGGUCAGCCUGAACAAGUCGAUGCAAAAUCUCUUAACAGUCAACUUGAAUUAUUUCCUGCCACCGGGUCCACUUCUGAUAAUAAGUCUAUGGAACAUGAUAAUGUUUUUCAACCUAUGUUUGAUGCACAGUCAGGUAUGCAUCCCACAUGGACACCAAAAUCAAUGUUCCAUAAAGAGAGUUCUCCUUUUCCCGCAAGUAUUUCCUCCCACUCCAACCCUAAAAGUCAAAACUCAGAACCUCGCCACUGGUCAGAUGAUGCCACCUAUACUUGUGAUCAAAACAUAAAUGAUCAAAGCAAUAUAGAUUGUGACGACUCUCCAUCUAACGGACAAAGUUGUGGUACUAGUUUUUACCAUGAUGUGGAAAAUUGCAACACCAGUGGUGUAUGUGAAGAAGGCAUAGGCAGCGGAAGUGAUGGAAAUGCCCCUUCAGCUGUUGUAGGCAAGAACAACCUUGAAAGUUCUAUGAAUAAUGAUCAAUAUGACGGGCUUGGAGGCACAAAUUCUCAUCGCACCAGCCAAAGAGAAGCAGCUCUAAUGAAGUUUCGACUGAAGCGAAAAGACAGAUGCUAUGAUAAAAAGGUCCGAUAUGAAAGCCGGAAAAGACAAGCAGAGAAUCGCCCCCGGGUGAAAGGGCAGUUUGUUCGCCAAGUACACGGUGAACUUCCAGUAGCUGAUACUGGAAGUUACUGAGAUUGUUUUGUUUCAAGUUACCUUCAUUAUUGAUUUACAGUCUGACUUCUAACAUUAAUUUGACUCAACAAUGGUUAACUGUAUCUGGUGAAAUCUGUUUGAUUUUAAUGGCUCUGUUGCUAUUUUCUGUCGGCUUGUUAUAUUGACUCAUUGACAAUCUCCUAGAAAUUUAGGAUUGUACUUAUUUAGUGAUUGGUUUGAAGUUUUGAUUUUUCCUCGUGUAAAUGUUAUUUGUUAUACUAAUUAAUUAAUGUAGGGCUGUUGUGUGGUAAUAUAAGCAGUGUGCUCAGAUUGUAUUUUAUCAUUCAAAGAGAAUGUUAAAUUUUAUUCUUAAA